GAUCGUACUCUAGGGCAAGGCUUGGAGGUCAGGUGUGGAGAGCCCCCUUUCAGCUCUUCGUGCCUAUGCUCGGGUGAGGGGCAGGUGUGGGCACUGAGCGGUUACCUCAGGUCUGGGUCCCUACCCUGAGGCAGAACGUGAGAACCCGACACGAUCCACAAGUAGCACGUCCGAAAUGAGAGCUACACAGGCAGGGACGUGAACCCCGCCGGAAGGCACGCCAGUGCCUCCUCAGUGCUGUGGCCCCAGGUGACAACAGCAUUCGAACGAAAGCCCAUGUCUGUAUCCUGUGCUGGAAAGGAGAUUGAGGGACCGUUGAGGUCAUUCAAGUGUCACUUUAGCUGUGGGUUAUUAAACACAGAGGUCUGAAGGACUGGGUGGGGGGAAGCCAAUUGUCCCUUCAGCUCUGGAGUCCCGCACUGUGGCAGAGGUGAGGACAUUCGACUGCCACCUGAGAUCCGGUUGCCCAAUCUAGAGGCCACAAGGCCCGGGUGAGGGGGUCUACUGUGGGGUAGAAACCCCCGCAGGUUGGGAGGCGGACCGUUGACUGACAGCUCCGUGGCCAGUUUCUACGCUGCAAGAAGCAGAGGAGAGAUCAGUUGAGGAUAUCAGCCGGCACGUCCACUCCAGAUUGCCUACGCUGAGGCAGAGGCAAGGGGAUCCAAGGAACAACAGUCAACUGGCGCCUCAGCUGUGGGAACUAUGCUGGGGCACAGGUGCUGUCUUACAGAAAGAAAGAUGAGUCCCCCUGACAGCGGGUCCAGCUCUCCCGGUGCAGGAGGUGAUUGGGGUGCACUGGGCGGUGGCAAAGACGCCUUCCUGAAGGCGCUGAGGGGAGCAGACCUGAGUUUUCCAGUAUCAGGGCGAGGUGAGAGACCACGUGAACGUGCUUCCAUCUAGAAAGCCGACUGUGAGGAAAGGCAUCGCAAGGCUGAGCUUGGUGGCCUCUGGCUCGUCACGUUCCGACCCUAGAUACAUCCGCUUCAUUCGAGGCUUCAGAAAUUCGACUGCAGGGCAGGAGUGCAACCCCAGCCCUCGAAGCCUAGGAAGGCCGGCUCGUACCGCCUUAGAGGAGUCUGGGGGCAGCCCCGCGGCGGGGGCGGUACCGGCGGGCUGUGGCCCCGCCCCCGGGCCGCCAUUGCCGGGCCUGUCGGACCGAGCUGCGCAUCUCCCUCGUCUCCCCUCGCGAGCGGAGCCGGGCGACCGGCCUGACAAGGCUGCCCACAACCCAGCUUGCAUCGCCCCACGGGCCAGAGUGCAGGGUCCCCAAACACUGCACCUGCCGACGACCCCAACCCCGCGGGAGAAGUGGACAUGAGGUUGGCAGGCCCCCUCCGCAUUGUGGCCCUGAUUGUCACCGUGGGCCUCACCUGGAUCGUGGUCAGCAUUCUCCUAGGUGGGCCUGGCAGUGGCUUUCCUCGUAUCCAGCAACUCUUCUCCAGCCCAGAGAACUCAGCAACUGCAGAGCCACGAGCCAGGAAGUACAAAUGCGGCCUGCCCCAGCCAUGUCCCGAGGAGCACCUGGCCUUCCGCAUGGUCAGCGGGGCCGCCAAUGUCAUCGGACCAAAGAUCUGCCUCGAAGAUAAGAUGCUCAUGAGCAGUGUCAAGGACAACGUGGGCCGUGGACUGAACAUCGCCCUGGUGAACGGGGUCAGCGGUGAGCUCAUCGAAGCCCGGGCCUUUGACAUGUGGGCAGGAGAUGUCAACGAUCUGCUGAAGUUUAUUCGGCCACUGCAUGAAGGUACCCUGGUGUUUGUGGCAUCGUACGACGACCCAGCCACCAAGAUGAACGAGGAGACCAGGAAGCUUUUCAGUGAUCUGGGCAGCAAGAAUGUGAAGGACCUGGCCUUCCGGGACAGCUGGGUGUUUGUGGGGGCCAAGGGCGUGCAGAACAAGAGCCCCUUUGAGCAGCACGUGAAGAACAGUAAGCACACCAAUAAGUACGAAGGCUGGCCCGAGGCCCUGGAGAUGGAAGGCUGCAUCCCCAAGAGAACGAUGGCUAGCUAGCCGGCCGAGCACAGGGACCGGGCUGAGGGGGGCUGCGUGUGCCCGGCCAGGAGAAGGCGGUGGCGGCGCCGGCGUGAGGCUGAGGCCUGACCCCACGCCCAGCCGGGAGUGCCGUCUUGCCCCAACACCUCGGGGCUCCGAAGCGGUGACGGGACCAGGUGUGACCGGUGGUGGGGGUCUCUUUGUAAAGCUGCUUCCCCGGGUCAGCCCCGCCUGAUUCCCAAGCACCCGUGGUCACAAGGGCCCCGGGUGCUCGCCCCUUGCUGCGCCAAGUCUGGUAGCAGCUCCGCAGUGGGUCGGGGCAUCUUCCAGAACCUCUCCAUCCCAGAGCCGCUCGAUGCUCUCGGGGCUGAUCCUGUUUCCAGGGUGAUUCCUUCAGGUGAGCCACACCCGGCUGCCUCCUGCAUCGCGCUCUUCGGGAAGGGGCCUCGUCGGAGCCGAGCCAGCCGGGGCACCAAAGUCGCCUGAUCACCGGCCCUGUCGCGGCAGAUGGCGGCUCCCAUGCUUUGUCGGGGGCCCACCUUCCGGAUGACCUCUCAAUAAAUUAGUGGCCCCAGUGGAAUAAAGUGCAUUAAGUGGGGA